CAUUUUUUCCACAUUUUUUCUUCUUUUUGAGUUCUUCUAUAGUACCUAGUUUUAGCGGAUUUGUGAUACACGUAAUUUAUAAAAUCGCUCUUCUACAAUGUGUUCGUUUGGUGUUGUUGUAGAUUGUGAUUCAGUUUACGAGGAGCAAUGACUUCUGCAACUGCAAACGCCGGUGUUCGUACCGAAGUAAAUCAAAUAGCCAACGGUGCAUCUAAAUAUAGCAACAAUAACAAGAAAUUUAUUAAGAAUAACGCCUCAACUUCAAACAUGCUGUUUUUCGCUAUCGCUGUUUUGUACGAAGUCCUAUACCUGAUCUUCCAAUUUAUUUUCACAACGCUGGAAUCAUGGUACUUGACGGUAUUCCCGCGUAAAAUGAAAUCCUUAGCGGGCGAAAUUAUUUUGGUUACCGGCGCUGGACAUGGUAUCGGUAGGGAAACUUGUUACCUGUAUGCUGAACAAAGAGCUAUAUUAGUUUUAUGGGAUAUCGACGAAAAAGGUAUAUUGGAAACCAAAAAGCUUUUGGAAGACAGAGGUUAUACCAAAGUUUUCACUUACAAAGUUGACGUAUCAAACCGCGAUGAUGUAUUGGCUACCGCUGAAUUAGUGCGAAAAGAAGUCGGAGAUGUUAGCAUAUUGGUUAAUAAUGCGGGUAUCUUGCCUUGCCGACCUUUGAAAGACCAUUCUCCGGAAUUAAUUGAGAAAAUCUUCAAAGUUAACGUGUUUGCUCAUUUUUGGGCUUUAGACGCAUUUUUACCACGAAUGAUCGAAAAGAAUCAUGGACACGUUGUUGCUAUGUCGUCUUUCUGCGGUAUCUUAGGAUUAGCUAAUGCAGUUCCUUACUGUUCAUCGAAAUUCGCUGUCAGAGGUUUAAUGGAAGCUUUAAGUGAAGAAUUGAGAACUGCUGACUUAUUCAAAGGAGAAAAAUCACGCAUCAAAUUUACCACUAUUUAUCCUAUUAUGGUCAACACUGGUUUAGUUAAAAAUCCAAGAAACAGAUUCCCAAUCCUGCUCGACUUACUUUCAGCGGAAAAAGUAGCUUCAAUAAUCGUAAAAUCAAUUCGCAGAGAAUACAAAGAAGUCAGUAUCCCCAGAACGAUGUUAACCAUGGACCGUCUCUCGAGAUUAAUACCAGAAAAAUUCAACCAUUACGUAAGAGACUUCCUCGACACAGGAUUAGAUCCUGACAACUAAGAUGUAACUCAACUACCUAUUACCUACCUAUGGAAAAGAUUUAAAUAAACGUUACCAUUCGCGAUGGCCUACAUCGUGAAUCCUAGGUUUAAAAGUGCAUUUCUACGUAAUACGUAUGACGAACUGAGUUGUAUAAUUUAUUGAAAAUAAUUUAAGCGUUUAUCUGAAGUGAUCUUUGCGUGUACGCCAAAGAAUUUACCGACCGAUAAAGUCUUCCGAUAAUCAACUUGUGAUUUAUUUUAACAUUACAUUACGUACCUAUACUAUUGUAUGUGAAUGCGGAUCUUUUUUGCCAUAAACGAAUCAAAAUUUCUUAUUUAUUUUUUAUUGAAAUGACGUGUACUCUACUUCCGUAUUUUUAAGACGUGAUAAAAUUUAUGGAUGUCGAAUUUUGUCGAUAUUAAAUUUAGUGAUAAUUUACUACUUUUCUCUCUCUCUCUCUAUCUUUUUUUUUCUUUUUGGAUAUUUCUUUUAGUUUUGAACUAUGCAUUGCAUUCGUAGUUUCUAUUUAUGCAUAAUUUUGACCAUUUUGUAAUUUGGUUUUAACACGUGUAAUUAUUUUGUUUAUUUUGUUCGUGUAUAUAAAUUUUCUUUUAAUAAAAUAUUAUUUCUUUUGA